GCACAAGAACGCCAUAAGUCGUGUGAAACUGAGGGCCAGUCCUCCAAAGUACUCCGUCCAUAUGGCCAGAUACCUUCACGGUAUCAAGACAAUGAGUUCAUUCAUCGCGGUUACCGCCCGGAAACCAACCCGACACAUGCCUGCUUCUCUAGCUGGCUCCACCUACACAACGAGACAGUCAACAUCUACUCUCAUCUUAUACCAAGUCUAUCAUCCCUCAUUGCUGGAAGCCUGCUGUACAAAGUUCUGAAAGCAGAUUAUCCAGACGCGACUAUCGAGGACCAUCUGCGGUCACGUGUAUGUGAUUCUCAGCUUUCCUCCAUACAUUUUCAAAUCAUUCGUUCCACGUGUAUUUGGCUUCAGCUUGACUUUGUUAGGAUCAUUGUUUUGACACUAGGUGACUUUAUCUCCGGAAUAGACAUGACCUUCUAUUGUGAGCCAACUUUGAAACAUAAAUAUUGGACGAUGGUAAGUCCUCCGACUCUCAAUUUACUUGCCGUUAUGGUAUUAUUGAGUCCACAGACCCAGGCUCCUCAGUGGCGGACCCUCCGCGUUGCUACUUUCGUUGGUACCGGUUUGUCGGGGAUUGUCCCCAUAGCCCAUGGAAUCAAAACCUUUGGACUUGACCAAAUGACAAAGCAAUCUGGAAUGCUUUACUACAUAUUUGAGGGACUCUUGCUUUUGCUAGGUGCCUUUUUCUACAUGGUCGGUCUCGAACCAUUUUCCGAGGAACAGUUCCUGACAGGCCUAGACGCGAAUACCAGAAUCUCUCGCACCGGGACGAUUUGA